UUUGAAAAUUCUUGUUUGGCGCGUAGUCGUAUGAAAAUAAAAAUUGAAUGCUAACUUAUUUUAAAAGUUUUCUUCGACGAUCAAAUAACAUAGUGAAAAUGUCGGUUGAUCUAUCUGUGAUCGGUGCACACAAAGUAAAGAGCAUACCGUGCGGAGAGGUAGUGGAGAUGAAGAGUUUCUGGCAAGAUCAGGAUGUGGCGAUCAUCUUCUUCCGUCGCUGGGGAUGCAUAUUCUGCAGACUGUGGGCUAAAGAGCUGGGCGAAAUAGCACCCAUCUUAAAGAAGAACAACAUAAAAUUAGUUGGCAUAGGCCUGGAAACGGCUGGUUCAAAGGAAUUUAUCGAUGGGAAAUUUUUCGAUGGAGAUCUGUACUAUGUGGAAGACCGGUCAACAUACCAGACCUUGGGUUUCAAGCGGUUCAACGUGGUUACCAUCCUCACAUCGCUGUUGUGGAAGCAGUCCAGAGAAGCUAUUGUCAAGGGAAAAAGCUUGGGAUUGGGUGGGGAUUUGAAAGGAGACUGGGUGCAAACUGGAGGGGCGCUGUUAGUCGGACAGGGAGGGGAACUCUUACGACACUUUACACAGGUCGGGCCGAGCGAUCAUUUGCCCAAUAAGGAAAUUUUGCAGUUAUUCGACUUGGAAAGUGAAUACAAAGCGGAAAAAAUGGCGAAUAGGAGACGAGAUGAGAUCGACUGCAAUACAGAGGCGACGCCCUAAGCCGUGGCCGCAGCGCCUGCACCAGUGUACUCUGACCCCUAUCCAUCACAUAUGGGCCGAGAGGCUGUGCAAGCAAACCCGACUCUAGACCAUAGUCUUAUACAGGGAGUAACCAGAAUGCUAGCAAAAACUUAGCGUUAUUAUUAUACUACGUAAACAGAAUCCAAUGCCAUUUUGCCUUAUGUUGAUGAUGCCAUGAUCAUGAUCAACACAUGACCGGCUCAGUACAGAGCACGGGUCACCUCUUAGAAUGAGAAGGGUUUUGGCCAUAGUCUACCACGCUGACCUUUGCAGACUUUACACACUUUGGAGCACAUUAUGGAGAACUCUCGGGCAUGCAGGUUUCCUCACUAUAUUUCCU